CAAGCAAAUUAGGGAGAAGCAAAACAUUUCUCAAGAACCAAACUUCAGUAGUUCUCCUCGCAGUUUACAUAUCUUUGUGAAAGCAAGAGCUCUUCUUCUGUAUUCUUUGUUUUCUCUGCUAAUUAUUUUAACAAUAGCUAUAGACAGAGAGAGUUGUCUUUUAGAGAGAGAAAGGAAGAUGGAGAUGAUGUAUUACCAGCUGGCGAGGUCUUCUUACCAGGACUCGUUGAAAGUUCUGGAGGCUGAUAUACAACAUGCCAAUGCUUUAGCCACUGCAAUUCCAAGAGCAAAGAGUGGGGCACAGCUUCAGAUGAAAUUGGUUUACAAUCCCUUGGGACCCCUCUUUUUGUUUUUGCUCCAAUGGAUGGAUUGUUCCUGCACAUGUCUCCUUCCCAACUAUCUAAAUCUUUUCCACAUACUUGUGUAUAAGGUAUACACAGAUGGGAGACCAAACAUAUCUACACAUGGAAGGAAAGCAACUAUUAGAGACUUCUAUGCCAUUAUAUUGCCAUCUCUUCGGCGGCUGCAUUUCAGCUUAGUGGAGCCGGAUAAGGCUAAAGGUGAGGAUCCUGGCAUGGAAACUAUUUGCAGAAACAGAAUGGAUGCGGAGAAUGGGUCUGCCAAUGUUGAUUCGGGGAGAGAAGAUGAAUGUGGGAUUUGCUUAGAGCCUUGCAUCAAAAUAGUCUUGCCUAGUUGCUGUCAUGCGAUGUGCAUCAAUUGCUAUCGUGAUUGGAACACAAGAUCAGAGUCCUGCCCCUUUUGUCGAGGUAGCUUGAAGAGAGUGAAGUCACGAGAUUUAUGGGUUCUCACUUGUAGUGAUGAUGUGGUUGAUGCUGACAUAGUUUUGAAGGAGGACCUCUUCCAUUUCUACCUCUACAUGAACAACCUGCCUAAAGAUUACCCAGAUGACCAUUUCUUAAUGCAUUAUGAAUACCUAAUAUGAUCCGGAGUAAAUGAGAAGACUUGUGUACAGGGAGAAUAUGGCGACCCUCAAAUGUGAAUAGAGUGUGGUAAGAAAACUUCUAACAGAUUAUCACAAAAGAAUAACAACGUACUAAAUUGUAUUUGUGAUACUUAUAAAAUUGUACUCGAGGAAUACUUCAGGAUUAUAUCAAAAAAUUUAUUUCUGGAAAUUGAGUCUCCACUGUAUCAUUUUCUACUCGAGGAUUCAUGAGGAUCAAAACACUGGCUUAUCGCCAAUAUUAGCUUUUACUUAUCUUUUCAGACAGUUUAAAUAACAUGUAUGAGACAAUGUAAUGUAGAACUUGUUCCGGUUUGGCUUCAUGAAGGUUUUGUAUCCAAAAUGACUCAUGUA